CAAAGUUGAAUUUCCGGCCAAAAGACAACAGAAUCAGGUUAAAAGUCCAGAUGCGGUGAAUGAAGACAUCCGCUUGUCCCCAAAAAGGUCGAAGAAGAGUAAGGUGGAGAAAGCUCUAAGCCAGGGCCGGCAAAUCAAUGGAGGCAUAUAUAAAGCCCCACCCAUCUAGCCUUCAAGCAGAGCCAUUCCAAAUCAUUAGACCAUUCAAAAUACCAUCAUCUCCGAUCACUUCCCGGCACAGGAAAUCGCCGGAGAAAUGGACCAAAUCCAGCAUAAGUUCGUCGAGGUCCAAGGACUGAAGCUCCACCUUGCCGAGAUCGGGACAGGUGACAAAGUUGUGAUCUGCCUCCACGGAUUCCCGGAGAUAUGGUACUCCUGGCGGCACCAGAUGAUCGCCCUCGCUGCCGCCGGGUACAGAGUGAUCGCCCCCGAUCACCGCGGGUACGGGUUGUCGGACUCGCCUGCCGAGCCCGAGAAGGCCAAGUUCGCCGACUUGAUCUCCGACAUCCGCUCCAUACUCGACUCCCUCGAUCUCCCUAAGGUGGUUAUCGUCGCGAAAGACUUCGGGGUCCUUCCGGCUUACUAUUUCGCCCUUCUUCAUCCCGACAGAGUGCUUGGAGUCGUCACUAUAGGGGUGCCAUUCGUGCCGCCGGGUGCGAUCCAGUACCAUAAACAUCUGCCUGAAGGAUUCUACUUCACCAGGUGGAAGGAACCUGGAAGGGCAGAGGCUGAUUUCGGCCGUUUUGAUGCCAAGACGGUGGUGAGGAAAAUAUACACAAUGUUUGCGAAGAUGGAGGUUCCAAUAGCCAGUGAGGGACAAGAGGUUCUGGAUCUGGUUGAUACAUCCACCACCCCUCUCCCAGCCUGGUUCACUGAGCAAGAUUUGGAGAUCUACGGAUCUUUGUAUCAGAAAUCUGGGUUUCUUACCGCACUCCAAGUACCUUACAGAUCGUUUGAUGAAGAGUACGACAUGCCUGCCCUGGAAGUGAAGGUUCCGGCGAUGCUGAUCGCCGGCGAGAAGGAUUACGUUCUUUACUUCCCCGGGAUGGAAGAUUACAUAAGGAGCGGGAAGGUGAAAGACUUUGUCCCCGAUCUGGAGACCAUUUUCUUGCCGGAAGGGACGCAUUUUGUCCAGGAGCAAUCGCCGGAGCAAGUGAACAAGCUCAUCCUGAAGUUCCUCAAAGCUAAAAUCUGGUCUUGAACAACCUUCGAUGACUCCCUAAAAAUAAUAAUCUGGUGGCAAACAACAAUUUAGAGAAAGAAAAAUCGCUUCUUUUCCACAACUUCUACUCAAAUUUGUGUCUUUCAAAGGGACUGUUAUUGUUAUUGGUUUAAACAUGGAGUUUGCAAUGCUUGUUUACUUCCUAUGUCCCGUUUGAAGUAUAUUUGCAUUUUGGUAGACUGUCGCUACCUUGGUCGCUGAAUCACAGAGUUUUUACAUUUUACUCCGAACGAAAGGCGUACCUGUGGACAAUAUAGAGUGACGACGGAUGAUAAAGAGAGAAGGGAGGGAGAGAAACCACCAAUUUCCUUGCUUCCGUAUAAACAGAUUGCUCUGUUUUUUAAUUCCGAAGAAAUCCAACUGUGGUGGAUGUUGUAGAUGAAAUACUCUGUUAGAACCGAAACAGGGGAGCCUCUCUUUCCAUAGAGAAAUCCCAGCGAUGGCAGGAACAGGAGACCUCUGUUUCCAGAGAGAAACCUAGCGAUGACGGAUGGAAACAGAGAAAUUAGUUUCGGCGAGUAGUUGAACUAUAUGUCCACCAUUCAAAAUCUGAUCGAAGAAGUAGUGAAGGCCAUGGAAGUAAGGAGGGAGAAGGAUUUUUGUUUCUGUUUUGGUGAGAUAUUACUCUGACCAUAACUAGACCCUGGCUGCAGCGAACAGAGCCGGAAAUAACCGGUGAAAACAAGA